CCCUAUGUGGGGUGCAAGUCUGGUCGGGGGAGGAAUGAGGUGAUUGAGCUCGCUAUGGGGGGUGUGCCUGGAGAUGGGAGUAGGUUCAGAGGCUCCUAUGGGGUGUGUGAGCCUGACGAUGGCCCUAAGGGGGGUGGGUGCAUGCCUGGAGAUGGCAAUAUGGGGUUGAAGCCUAUGCGGGGGGAGGGUUGCACGCCUGGAGACAGGUGAUGGGGUCUGAGCCCCCUAUGGGGGUGCCUGGAGAUGGGGGAGCCUUGAAAGGGAGGUGUCUGGGACCCUUGCUGUGGGAUGUGGAGCCCCUACAGUGAGGGGCCUAAAGACAGGGGGAGCCCUCCCCCUGUGGCAAGAGAGAGUUCCCUCAUAACAUGGACGCUGGGAGGUAACCGAGCCCCUGCGUGUCGGGAGAAGUGAAGGGGUCAAAGCCCCCGUGUAAUGAGGGGGAUCUGACCGUGUACAGCAAAGGUACCGUGUGAGUGUGAGCCCUGAAAUAGUGAGGGCUGAGUAUGUGGGCCUUCUUUCUGAUCCCCUUUUGAGGAACUCAUCCCCGGUCCAGCAGAAGGCCGAUGAGCUACAAAAAAGAUCUCCCAACUCUGCUGUCCUCCUGUGCUCAGUACACCUUCCUUACAUGCAGGCUGUGCCCUGCCCCCUCCCUCCCCCGCACCCUCCAAAGUUCCCUUCAGUUAAUCGUGCCCCUGGUAUCUCAGGUCUCUUUUGUCCCUUGUGAUUUGUUAAUUUCUUGUCCUAGCAAUUAGCCUUAUUCCCUUUUCUCCCAAUCGCAACAGAUUCCUCUUCCUCCUCCUGACUGAACUGUGUCUGGACAGCGAAGGAGUCUGCAUGGCUAUAGCACCACCUCCAUUCCUUCUGGCUCGGGAAAUGGAUUUCCAGGUGUCAGCUCAUUGGGUUACUGGAAAUUUCAGCUGUGUUGUUCCCUCUGAUGUUUCUCUUCCCAGGUAACUGGAAAGGAUGUCGGAGGGGAGUUCUGGCAACGACGCUGGAAACCCAGGCAACCUCCGGCCUGGACUCACUGGGGCACGGGGGCUGAUAGGGAGGAGACCUGCCACCCCCAUUACCCCUGGGCGCCUACCCUCUAUCCGUUCCCGAGACCUUACCCUUGGAGGAGUAAAAAAGAAAACUUUCACCCCCAACAUAAUUAGCAGGAAGAUCAAAGAAGAGCCAAAAGAGGAUAUCUCCAUCAAGAAAGAGAAGAAAGAGAGAGAUCGGGAUCGGCAGCGAGAUGGCCAUGGGCGAGGCAGAGGGAGGCCGGAGAUCAUUCAGUCUCACUCCAUCUUUGAGCAAGGCCCAGCAGAAAUGAUGAAGAAGAAGGGCACCUGGGAUAAGACUGUGGACAUGUCAGACUUUGGACCUUCCCACAUUAUCAACAUAAAGAAAGAGAAGAGGGAGACGGACGAGGAAACCAAGCAGAUCCUGCGUAUGCUGGAAAAGGAUGAUUUCCUUGAUGACCCACGCUUGAGAAAUGACAUCCGGAACAAACCAGUUCAGCUGCCCCUGGCCCACUCAGGCUGGCUGUUCAAGGAGGAGGGCGAAGACCAGGAAGAUGUGAAGCCUUUCGCCACCAGCACCAAGGAAGAGAUGAUGGAAGUGGAUUUGCCUUCAGUGAAAGUGAAAGAGGAGCCCCGUGAUGAGGAGGACUCAAAGGAGCCACCGGCGGUUGCCAAGCCAUCUCAGACAAAGGCACCUCCCGGCUACCCGCAAGACAUCUGCGUGGCAGAGUUGCUGCAGAGUCUGAGCCUGACCAAAGAAGAGGAGCUGGUCUUCCUGCAGCUGCCAGACACGCUCCCUGGGCAGCCGCCCACGCAGGACACCAAGCCCAUCAAAACAGAGGUGCAGAAUGAGGAGGGACAGAUGGUGAUGGUGAAGCAGGAGAAGAACCAGGAGGCCAAGCAGGCUGAGAACAUCUGCACCCUGGGGGACCUGCCAGAAGGGCAGGUGGGGAAGCUGCUGAUCCGCAAAUCAGGAAAGGUGCAGCUGGUUCUGGGCAAAGUGACUCUGGAUGUGACCAUGGGGACCCCUUGCUCCUUUUUGCAGGAGCUGGUAUCUGUGGGCAUUGGAGACAGCAGGACUGGAGAGAUGAUCAUCCUGGGACACGUGAAGCACAAGCUGGUGUGUUCCCCAGACUUUGAGUCCCUGCUGGAACACAGGCAUCGAUAAGAGAAAGGAAAGAAGGAGUGGAGUUCUCUGUGGGAUUCUCCUCUCCUUGGUGGAGAUUCAGCUCAGAGGUUGGCAGCUCCUCUCGUCGGCCUGGGACGUCCAUCCCAGUUCAGGUUUUGUUCUGGCUACAGGAAGCAGGUGCAUGUCAGAGGAGGGUUUCUCACUGGGGCCGUGCAAUGCCCUCUGUGCCACUAUGCUGCCUAGGGGCAUCUUGCUCUUAGAAGCCUCCCAUCCGUGUUCUUUGCUGACUGUGCUCAGAGCGAGGGGAGUUGGGAGGGCUCCUCCCCUCCAGCUGUAGCUAUAAACAAGAAUUACAGGGGACAAAUGCACUCCUGUCCCCACUGGCACAAGUAUACGUAUGUUCCCACUCUGUGUAUAUAGAAAAGCUACAGUGACUCUAACCUCUGCCUGUGGACCUAGCACUGGACUUGAGACAACGGGUUCGAGUUUCAAGCACGGGUGGGGUAUGCCAUAGCCUUUUGGUACCAGUGAGGGAGAUUUCCUUCCCCACUUCUGACUGUAUAUGAACCUGCGGCAUCUUACCAUGUCCACCUGCCUUGCAUUGGCAGAGUCUCUGCAUCCAGCCACCACCAUUGGGCUGAAGGAGGACUGGUCCAGGAGGCAUGGCAAAGCAACUCAAGCUGCUUCCUUCUGCUCCCUGUGGUUGAGUGAGCUGCCCCUGCCUCUUUCACCCUCCCAAGCCCUGCUAGGAAAAGUCCGGAAGCCAAGCCCAUCUUGGAGACUGUUAAACUUUUACCAGUGGUAAACUUUUACCAGUGGUUUCUGUUUGACCAGAGAUAUAAAGUGAGCUGUUCCUAUCGGGUCUCUGAUCUGCCUGUCAACAUCCAGGCUGAAAUUCUGCCUCCUUAGCUGUAGCAGCCUAUAUGUGUCUAUAGGAUGUUCACACUGCAGUUAGACACCCUCGGCUGGCCCAUGCCAGUUGACUCAGGCUCUGUCUAAAGGGUUGUUUAAUUGCAGUGUAGCCUUGCGGGCAUGGGCUGGAGUCUGGGCUCUGGGACCCUCCCAUUCUUGGGGUCCCAGAGCCCAAGCUGUAGCUCAGGCCCACAAGUCUACACUGCACUUAAAUAGCCCUGCAGCCUGAGUCAGCAGGCACAGGCCAGCCACAGGUUUUUAUUUGCAGUGCAGAUACCCUGAGGCCCUACUGCUCUUUAGAAGGGGUAUGCAGUCAUUCAAGGGCUUGCUUUCACAUCACCCGGUGACUGCCCAGAGAGAGACACUGCCUCUCAUCCUUGCGUAAGUAUUCCUUUAAAAGGCUAGGCCCUGUGCCCAGUAAAUGUGUGAUAUGGCUUUGUGGGUGAAUUUCCCCCAUCUUGAAGCUGAGAGACCUGUUUGCCAAUGUCUAGAUAGCACUUUGAACUCCUAAAGUGCUGUCCAAAUGCGUAGUGUGUGUUUAAAAUUUCCAGCCUGCACCGCUUGAAAGCCAUGGAAUAAGGUGCCAAUAGGUUUACCAGCUGCUAGUCUUGUUUUUGGGAGUUUAAUAUAUUAAAAUGUAGCCUUGGUCCAAAAUGCAUUUAGCACCCUUCAGACUCCCCCACCUGGCUGCUGACAUAACAAGUUCCCAGUGCAUUCAUUGUAUUAUUGAGGCUGUAGAGAAACAGGAUGGCCAACACCACCUCUGUUUAAUGACUGCUUAGGUUCUGGAGUACUCCACAGAAACCAGCUAAUUCCACAUCUUCUGCUGAGUCUUCAGACAGCCCGAACUCCUCCCCAGUUUAUGUGAGUGGCUAAAGAUAGCUGUCUACCUCCCCCAGAUGCUUGUGCCAAUGAAGUGGUUUCCCACUGGGGUUGUUGCUCUUGGAAGAUCCAGCAGUUUGUCUUUGUGGCCUCUAUCUAGUGGAGCCAAUGGAAAGAGCUGCACUUGCUGCAGUGUAUUGUCAAGGCUGCUAGAUUAUACCGGGAGCAUUGCAUGGGUUGCGUGUGGAAAUCAGUGGAAUAAAACUGCUUCCGUGUGCACCCAUGGUA